AUGCCGGCUUUCGUCGUCCUCCCCGCGACUCCAUCUGACCUCGAGGCCGUCGCUCGCCUUCAGUUUGAUGCCUGCGCUUCUGAUCAUGCCUUUCCUGUCCUCUUCCCUCGAGGCGGCACCCUCACUUCGAUCACGCACUUUGUGAACUCGUAUGGAAAUGACAUGGAGAACGACCCUAGCUGCCAUAUCAUGAUUGUGAAGGAAGCAUUGUCGAGGGAGGUAGUCAGUUUCGCCAUCUGGCACUUUUAUCCUCCUAGAAGCCAGGACGAGAUUGAGGAAGAAAUGCUGAUCCACGAGUUUCCACUGCCCAGUGACUCCAACAAAGAGUUGGGCAAUAAGCUGCUUCAUGCUAGUAUCAGAAAAAGACACGAAGUCGUCGCCACCAACAUUGGCGCCGAACGACCCUAUGCUUGUACGAGCCCACAGUAUCAGAGGCAAGGAGCUGGGUCGUUGCUACUCGACUGGGGCUUGGAGCGAGCAGAUGAUCGAGGCUUAGCUACGUACGUCGAGGCAUCUCCAGCAGCUGUCCGGCUGUAUCAACGGCACGGCUUCAAGGAAGUUGAUCGAUUAGCGCUUGAUCUAUUGCCCUACAAAGAGGGCGAUUAUGUCAAUUUAUGUAUGGUUCGGCGCCCAUGA